GGUUCAUUAGGACAUACUCCUCAUAGAACAAAACAUCUUUGUAAAGAAUGAAGGGGUUUCUUCUUCUCCUUGCUCUUUUCGGCAUCUGCAAUGCACAGUCCCGACUAGGCUCAUACAAUAUUGACAGCACAAUAUCAGUGUCUGGUAUUUCCUCUGGAGCAUACAUGGCAAACCAAUUCCAUGUUGCACAAUCCAAGAAAGUUAUUGGAGCCGCCUUGUUUGCUGGAGGACCCUAUUAUUGUGCAUCUGGAAGCAUGUUGACAGCAACAAAUGCAUGCAUGAAAUUACCUUCAAGCAUCAAUGUUAACUCUCUUAAAUCACAAACCCAGAGUUAUGCCAACAGUGGCCUGAUUGAUCCUGUAUCAAACCUUGCAAAUUCUAAGGUGUUCAUCUUUUCAGGCAGUAGAGAUACAGUUGUAGUUCCAGGGGUGGUGAAAAAACUGGAGGAAUAUUACUUAUCCUAUGUGAACUCUGGAAACAUUCGGGCUGUGUAUGAUAUCCCAGUUGAGCAUGGAAUGCCCACUGAUAGCUAUGGAGGUGCAUGUGGAUCAACCAAUAGCGAAUAUAUCAACAAUUGUGGCUACAAUGGGGCUUAUGAGGCUCUGAAUCAGAUCUAUGGAGGACUCAGAAAGCCAAGCAGUUCUGCUGGACUAACUGGACAGUUGAUCCUGUACGAUCAGUCGGAAUAUUUUAAACUGGCUUCUGCAGGGACUUAUGGGAUGGAUACAGCUGGGUAUGUGUACAUUCCUUCCUCCUGCCAGAGUGGCACAAGAUGCAGACUACACAUUGCUUUCCAUGGCUGCCUUCAGGGAAGAGAGAAGAUUGGUGACCGUUAUGCCAGAAAUGCUGGUUACAAUCAGGUUGCAGAUUUGAAUAAUUUAAUUAUCCUGUAUCCACAAGCAAAAUCCAACUUUUCUAAUCCCAAUGGAUGCUGGGACUGGUGGGGAUUCUCAAGUUAUGCAUACGCUAAUAAGAAUGGUUACCAAAUGACUGGCGUUGAAAGAAUGAUGCUGAGAACUAUGGGUCAAUAUUAAAAUCACCAUCAACAAAUACAUCAAAUUGGAGAUGACGUGGGCAGAAUCUGCUGCUAGUGAAGAAGUGUUUAAUUUUUUUUUUGCCAUUUGCUUUGUAAAUAUAGUGACUACUUGCAAAAUUAAAA